AUGCCUUCGUAUAUAUAUGUUCGUUCGGUUAAUCGUCUUUCUUACCAACCUCACCCGACGACGGUGAUUUUAGGGAUUUUCGUGUUCGUCAAGGCUCGCACUGAGGUUUUAGGGUUUUGCUCCUCGGCGAUUUUGCUGGGCCUUUGGAUUUGA